GGGGUUCUCAGCGGGGCAGAAGGAACACAAAUUCAGGAAUACACCCACUGUGCCUUAGAAGACAUUCAUUUUAAAUAGCAUUUAGUAUUUUUUUUUUAAAUUGCCCAUACUGUAAAAAUGACGGCAACCGUUGCAUUCUACGACCGUAACGACGUGGCGAACAAGAACAAUACCAUUUUGGACUAUGACACCACCGUUAGCAGGCCACACACAGCAUCUGCCCCCAGCAACCCCCCCAACCUCCCCUCUAUUGCCCCCACUGGGUCCCUGCUGGACAGGAAGACGGUGGGCGCACCUACACCCGGGGGAAUUUACCAGCGCAGACACACAGUCAGCUUCUCUAGCUCCAGAUUCCACCAGAGCCAAUUUGCCAACUCUCUCAAGAUGGAACCCUCAGCCAUAACGGAUGGUAGAGCCAACAACUAUAACAACAACAAGGAAAACCGUUUCCGCGACCGCUCAUACUCUGAAACGGGAGACCGCUUGAAACCAAGCAGCGCAUUCUACGUGGGAGCCAGUGGGAACAGCCAGGUGAACUCCAGCCGCUACAAGACAGAGCUGUGUCGGCCUUUCGAAGAGAACGGCUCGUGUAAAUAUGGCGACAAGUGUCAGUUCGCUCACGGCAUGGGAGAGUUACGCAGCCUGAGCCGACAUCCCAAGUACAAGACCGAGUUGUGCCGAACCUACCAUACCAGCGGGAUCUGCCCGUACGGGGCACGAUGCCACUUCAUCCAUAACGAAGAAGAGCGCCGAGGCCCACCCCUCUCCACCUCCAAUAAGCAGGACCGCCCUCGCCUUCAACACAGUUACAGUUUCGCCGGGUUCUCCAGCUCCGGCGGAUCCGAGGACAGCCCGAUGUCGGUCACGCCACCCCCGCUGUUCCACACGGAAAACCUCCAGAACUGGCUGGCCAACCCCUUCACGUACUCAAGCCAAGAACUUGCCAGCUUGUUUGGCCCCAGCUUGGGGGCCAACCACGCCUCAGAUGCCCCUGCUCCGCACUCCCCAACCAUCCCUUGCUUGUUCCGGUCCAUGUCUGUCUCACCUCCCACUCCUUUGGACUCUCUUUCCGACCAGGAAGGCUACCAGAGCAGCCUGGGAAGCCAGAGUGGUUCCGAGUCCCCGAUACUAGAUGCCACUCGACGCUUACCCAUCUUCAGCAGGCUGUCAGUCUCUGAAGACUAGGACUCACCUCAUCAUCACCAGCACAAAUUUGAGAAAUGGUAACCCAGGAUCCAGAGAGAAAAGAAAAAAAAAAAAAAGAGAGUGAGAGAGGGAGGGACAGCACUUGCCUUCUCAUGAUUCCCUCCUGUUCUGGCUUUGUUUACAACAGACCAAGUGGGCCAAGAAGAGCGGCAUUGCCAUUCAGUCAAAAUCGAGCGAACCAACCCUAGAUUGAUCUACUUCCUCUUUAUCUUCCCACAAAUCUCUGCGUUGAUCCUGUAAAGCUCUCAGUUUUCAGUCCCCAGUCAUCUCACCAAGAUCUGUUCAGACUGCAGACGACAUUGACAUCCAGGUAAAGCCCUUUAAAUUGGAGUGGGGCUCUUGAUAUUUCAGCAAGCAAAUAAUUAAGGAAGAAAAACAACAACAGCAACAAAAAUGAUUUUGUAGCUCAUCCUCUGGAAGACAUUCUAAAAGGACAGGCAAACUGAGACUGUAGGGAAAUUGCAAAUGGUCACAGUCCUCCCCAGCUCAGGACUGCGUGCUUCUGUAUUUAGGAUUCUGCCCUCUUGUUUCACUCUGUAGCAUUGCUCCUUAUGCUUUGGUAGCUCCGGAAGUGCCAGUUGCUCUCCUUUCUUCCUUCAUCAGUCUGUUCCACAGCUACAACUAACUCAAGAUUCAAAGCAAGAGGAGUGGGUAGCCAAAAUCCAAAGUGCCUCUUUAUUACCCUUAUGUUUGGGAGGAUCUUAUGGACUCAUGGUCACCGCUCCACAGAUCCUGUGUGAUUUAUUAUUAUUACUUUUUUUUUUUUUUUUUUUUAAACAGUCUUGCUUUCAGGCGGUCUGAAAACGAUUUGUAUUUCCUUCUGGUGCUAUAGGCGCUGUCACUAUGGAUACCAUCCCCAGGACAUGUGACCCCCACCCCCACCCCCACACUAAAAGGUUUUUGCGGACAUCGCCUGUGUGAAGUCCAGUCAUCAAAUGGUCCGACUUCCUCUUUCCCAAGACACUUAAAAUGUGACUGAUUACCCCUAGUGAAAUGCCCUUUUGACUAUUAUUAUUAUUAUUAUUAUUAUUAUUAUUAUUGUUAUUAUUAUUUAGUUAAGAAAAAACUUUCGAGCCGAAGGUUUUGCUUGUCACUGCUUAUUUAACUUAAAAAUGUAUUUAUUGCUGAUUGUAAGCAUUUUUUAUUUUGUUUUUGUAUUUAUCUGGAUAAUGAGUCAAUAGAAUAUAUUUUCUUUUAUGUUAAAUUAUGAUCUUACGUAUUAAUCAUAAGAUUGUGAAGACAUUUUUUUUUUGUUGUUAUUUUUCCACAGUUAAUAUAUUAUACUGCAAUGACAUUUUGUAACUACACUUUGAUUUCUUUUUAAAGUGAAUCUUUAAUUUAAAAACAAAAGUGCGAAUGUUUUGCAUUUUUAUUUAUUGUUCAUCCUCCCCAACGUUGGACUGCGGUUCCAGACUGACUGUCCUUUAAACCUCUCCUGAAUGGCUCCGGCCAUGUAGAAUGUACACUGUGUUGCCUUGACAACAACAGUCCUAUACCUGUGAUUUCUAUAUUGGAUUGUUUUGCCUUCCACUAUAACUGCGUAAUCUAGGCGAGAAUAAACCCCACUCAGUGCUUAUUUUA